UGGCGUGGCAAGCUGUGGCGUGGCCAAAAGGUUCGUGCAAUGGAAAUAUUGAGGUUUAGUAACAAAAUUAUUUCUUAAAAAGUUUAAAAAAUAAAAAAAAUUCUGGAAUCGCUCAGCCACGUAGGACUGUAGGAGCAGAUCAUUCCUUUCGCUGCAAAAAAAUAAUAAGAAAAGAAAAAAAAAGAGUAAAAAUAAACAAACAACGCCUCCUCCUCGGCUUCCUCGUCGCGAGUUGGCCAACCAAGCCGCCGGCGCCGAUCUCCAUCCCUAGCAGCGGUGGCCGCCUGGCCGGCCGGCGCCCGCGCCCUACUGCUUCCACCGCCGGUCCGCCCCUGCCAAGUGUUAGUGUUGAUUUGAAUCCAGGUAAUCGAACGAAAUGAAUUCUCUAAGCAAAUCCGACAAGAAGAAGGUCCUAGAUUUUGCGGCAUGGGGUUUCAACAUCAGCACCUCCGUCGGAAUCAUCAUGGUCAACAAGGCCCUGAUGGCUACACAUGGAUUCAGUUUUGCUACAACAUUAACUGGCCUGCAUUUUGUGACAACCACCUUGAUGACUAUUGUGUUUCGGUGGUUAGGCCUCAGCCAGCCCUCCCACUUGCCACUACCAGAUCUGGCUAAAUUUGUGAUCUUUUCUAAUCUGUCUAUUGUUGGGAUGAAUGUGAGCUUGAUGUGGAACUCUGUGGGGUUUUAUCAGAUAGCAAAGCUGUGCAUGAUACCUGCAUCAUGUCUCCUGGAGGUUGUCUUCGAUCAUGUACGUUAUUCUCGGGACACAAAGCUGAGCAUAAUGGUUGUGCUUAUAGGUGUUGCAGUCUGCACAGUUACUGAUGUCAGUGUAAAUGCAAAAGGUCUGGCUGCUGCCGUUAUAGCUGUUUGGAGCACAGCUUUGCAACAAUAUUAUGUUCAUUUUCUCCAACGAAAGUACUCUCUGAACUCAUUCAACCUCCUGGGCCAUACUGCUCCAGCCCAAGCAGGAUCCCUUCUGCUAGUGGGGCCCUUUGUUGAUUUUUUGUUGACAGGCAAAAGGGUGGAUCACUUUGGUUUCACAUCGCUUGCUGUGUUUUUCCUCACUCUCUCAUGUGUCAUUGCCAUUGGUGUUAAUCUGAGCCAAUUCAUCUGCAUUGGUCGUUUUUCUGCCGUAUCCUUCCAAGUCCUGGGCCACAUGAAGACAGUGCUCGUCUUGUCGCUUGGGUUUAUUUUCUUUGGCAAGGAAGGUCUGAAUUUUCAGGUAGUCCUUGGGAUGAUCCUCGCUGUUGUUGGGAUGAUAUGGUAUGGAAACGCAUCAGCGAAACCAGGUGGCAAAGAGCGACGGAGCGUUCUUCCAGUAAGGUCUGAGAAGCUUAAUGGAGCAUUAGAGGAGAAGGAUGGCAAUGAGAAAUAGUACGUGAAAUUCUUUUGUGAAUUUUGUUGUGAUUGCAAGUAUGGUAUACAAAGAAAACCUGGCCUUUUGUUUUGUUUACUGCUGAAGGCUGAAGCCGCAGGUUUACCAUCUAGAAACUCAGGGUCGUCAUAGCUAUAGGUUACAGUUAAUAUACACUUGUCACAUUUUUCGUUCUCCUGUGCAUUUCUUAUGGGGGAGACGGCUGAUGUUCUACUGGGUUGCAAGACAGUUGUCCCAAAAGACAAAUGUAAUUGUUUGUGAUAACUCGCGGAUUUCUACAUUUCCAUCCAGAAUUUUGGAUCUGUACAGACUACAGUGUAGCAGUCUUUCGUAUUUGAAUAUAUGACGUCACUGAUUUUUUG